CCAGUGCGUCGCGGUCACUCGACGCGGCCGCCGCCUCUGUAGCUCCGUAGCUCGACGUAGACAACGUAGACGGUCUACGAUUCGCGUGCCGUUUUCUUGAACUAAUUAAAUGUAAUUAAAUAGGUGCGGCUUUUCGUAUUUUUUUUCUUUAAAGGGUCUCGUUUACUAUUCGAAGAUGACGAAUGACCUGAAAGCUUCAACGAGUGAGAAGGAGGCACGAGGCUCCUGGCCGAGGAGGGACGACCUCAAGAUUGAGUUCGGGUUCGGAAUGCCUCUAGGGGCCAUGAGUGCUCAUCCAGCUUUCCACUCUGCUUGGGACAUCGCUUGCCCAUCAUCAGGCUUCCAUCAGAUGGCUCGUAUGAUGGACCGUAUGAUGGUGGAGAGCCUCCAGCCGUUUGGUUUUGCUAGGAUGACGGCAAGACAACGUGGUGAUACUCGGGAUCAUCAGCCUCCACGUGAUGGUCUACAGACAGAGCGCCCUGACACAAGGAAGGAGCGGGCGAAGAAUCAUUCUAACACGCAUGCCGCCACUGGUACCAGACAUCCUCCUACCCAGGUAGUGAAACCAACUCAAUCGAAUACAUUUCUAGAUCAGUCACAAGAGCAAAAUAAACAAACGGACCCCACGACUGAGAAAUGGGCGGGAUCGUUACGGAAACGCGACCCUGACAUCCAGCCGACCUUGCCGUCCAUUGUCGCUAGAAAGACCUCUUCAUCUUCAGUGGGCAGUGGAAGGAAGACCAGGUCUGUGGAAAGGAUGCCCCGACAACGUGUAAGGCAGUUGGCUCCAAUUAAACCGAUUGUUAGAAAGGCUGAAGCGUCAGAAGGACAAGAUGUUACAAUUUAUGAGAAGGAUGAAAAAACAUUCGAUGCGACUGGCUAUGAAAUGCAUCUAGUGGAGACCCUAGAGAGAGAUAUAUUGCAGAGGAAUCCUGAUGUGCGCUGGAAGGAUGUCAUUGGAUUGGACGAUGCAAAAGCCGUGCUACAAGAGGCGAUGGUCCUGCCUUUAGUGAUGCCUGAUUACUUUAAGGGUAUCCGGAGACCUUGGAAGGGCGUGCUCCUCACAGGACCACCGGGUACAGGGAAGACAUUGCUCGCGAGGGCUGUGGCUACAGAGUGCAGAACCACUUUCUUCAAUGUAUCUUCGGCCACACUCACUUCAAAGUACAGGGGAGAUUCUGAGAAAUUGGUCAGACUUCUUUUUGACAUGGCGUCUUUCUACGCGCCCAGCACGAUCUUCUUGGACGAGGUGGACUCAUUGUGCGCGGUCCGCGGUGCUGACUCCGAGCACGAGGCCUCGCGACGAUUCAAAGCAGAGCUGCUCAUACAAAUGGACGGGCUUGCUGCCGUAUUCAACCAAGAUAAAAUCAUAAUGGUAUUAGCCGCGACCAACCAUCCGUGGGACAUCGACGAAGCCUUCAGAAGGAGGUUUGAGAAGAGGAUCUACAUUGGCCUUCCAGACGAGCCGACGCGUGUGAAACUUCUGAAGCUGUGUCUCCGAGAAGUCGCGCUAGCGGAAGAUGUAGAUCUAGUGGAUCUGGCAACUAAAUUGGAUGGUUAUAGCGGAUCUGACAUCUGCAACUUGUGCCGGGAUGCCGCAAUGAUGACGAUGCGUCGUAAGAUAGCCGGUAAGAGUCCGGACCAGAUCCGCAGACUGAAGCGCUCCGAGCUGGAGGCGCCGGUGUCGGCGGCCGACCUGGGCGCCUCCGCGGACAAGACGCGGCGCACGGUGAGCCCCGCCGACGUGGCGCGCUACUCCUCCUGGAUGCAGCGCCACGGCUGCUCCUAGCGCCGGCCGAGGGCGCUCCGGGCCCUACUAGAGCGACUGCGCAAUGCAUCUAACUGAUCGCUUACUAAGAACCAAACGAACCAUUGACAAUGACAAUCAUCUAAUUGUUUCUAAAAGUAUCUUAAAAUAUUAUUACUUCGGAUCAUGGACUUACGAGUGUAGUGGCGACGCGCCCCAACUUUUUAGGUACAGAUGUGCAUCUACGAAUUAAAUUAUUAUGUACUGAUUAAUAUCAAUAAGACCCCUUACUAUAUAAUAGUAUUAUAGACAUAAAAUGAUGUCAUGGUGGAUUCAGAGUGUAUUAUUACCUAUUCCAUGAAGCUUUUUUGUGGGUCAAUAAUAGGAGACAUUAAGUGCUUUUGUUUAUAAAUCAUAAUGUAAGUUUUGUGUUUUAAAUUUGCUGUUUAAUUGAUCAAAGUCUUAAUAGCAGCGCGAUUAAUUCGAGCCCCAAAAGAAUGCUGGUUGCAGAAUAAAAUUAUUACUGAACGACACUAGACUGAAUUAUUAUCCACAAGAACAUUAAAUCUUAGUUAAUAUGAACUCUAGAUGUUGAACCUAAAGACAGGAAUAAAUAUUAGUUAUUAAAUCUAUUUAAAUUGGACACAAACAAGUCUUUAAACAUACUAUUUGAGUCUUAUUUCAAGCUUAGGUUAAACAAAAGCUAUAUUUUUAGUUUUAAGUUCGUCGCUGAUGCGUCCUUUUCUUUCAAACAACUUGUAGAAUGGAGUUCAGACUUUGUAAAAUAUUUAAUAUAAACUGUACGUUACAUUCGUAUAGUGAUAGUGUGUGUUGAGAGGAGUAUGCACAUAAACCUGUCGAUAGGAUUUGAAGUUUGCUUUAAUGUAAUGCUUGAUUUGGUUAUUGCUACGAAUUACCCUUCUUUGAAAUGAACUCAAUUUUUAUAUAAAUUUUAUGUAGGUAUUAUAAUAACGUUUGUAAAAUGAUUUAGAGUAUUUUAUAAUAUCAAGCAACGAGUGAUCGCGAUUUGCGAUUGAUCGAUAUUUCAAGAAAAUUCGAAUUGUAUAAUCGAUUUAAAAUUUAUAUCGCGUCUUAUGUUAUAUUGUUUCUGAUUUUUAUUUGUAAUACUACUAAGAUUGGAAUAAAUUUAUCAAAAAAAAA